AUGACUCUGCUCUAUGUGUUCUUGGAACCAGCUCGACAAGUUUCUCAGUUCACGGUCACUGGGUCGGAGCGGUCGGUCGUCGUUCGCCGAUACAUGGCCGGAACUCAGCCAUCCCAAAGCAUCGCUAGUCACGCUGGCUGGCUGAUUUCUGAGGACGACGAGCAGUCCUGGUUGUUUGUGAACUGCCGUACAAAGAGAGUCAAUAAUUAG